AUGGAGACAACAACGGCACGGCGCUCUUCUAAAGGUGGCGGCGUUGCAAACUCUUUUCCGGUUGCAGAAGGCCGACCAUAUCUCAUAAAAGACGUGGUGGAAUCCAAAGAGGCGCAAAAAAGUAUUGUCAAUAGUAAUAGUAAAUUAAAAAUUGACGAGAAUGAGAAGAAUCAUUCAUUACCAGUUCUUUCGGAUAAACGCAAGGAGCAAUCAACGAGACCAGCAAAAGUCGAUGACAUUACUACAGAAGAAGAAAUAGAGAGUUGUGUUGGAUAUAAAGCAAACAUUUAUGAUACAAGUCUUGUUGUAUGUACAUUGAGAGGAUGUAAUAAAUACUUUACAAAAAUUGAUAAAUUUACAAUUCAUCGAAAACGAGAACAUGACACUUCAGAUAUCAAUAGCGAUAUUUGGAUAUUUGGAAAUAUGAAGAAAGGUGAUUCAAAUAAUCAGAAUAAUAAUUCAUCAUCAUCUAAGGCAGAAGGUGUUGUUACAAAAGACUCCUCAUCAUCACAACCAACAGUAAAAUCAAAUUCUCCAAAAAAAUCAAAUCCACCAAACAUUUCAGAAAAAAAUAACAAUAGUCAACAAGAAUCACUAUCUUCUGUAGUCACAUCAAUUAAUCCAUCACCGGCAGUCGAGACUAAUACAUUGUCAUCAACCAAUAAAAGAAUUCGAGAACAAGUUUCCGUUGAGGAAUUGAAGAAAGAUCAUCAUCAACUACAUCAGCAGCCAUCAAGGCCUCCAAGACGAUAUCAAACAGAAGAAGAACACAUGAUUAACGCGGAUCUUCGACUAAGAUAUCAACAGCAACAGCAACAACGUAACAAUCGACAGAAUGCUGGUAAUCCAAUAUACGGAAUGGGAUAUGAGACUGGAGAACCACCAAGAUAUUAUAAUAUGCAGAUGCAUGCUAUGGGAUUUGGAUUAUCCCCAUACGGAGAGAUCGCACCUCCGCGCUAUGAUGGUGGAUACAAUGAAAUGGCAUAUGGUGGAUUCUACGGAGGAGGAAAUCGACGAUUUAUGAAUAAUCCACCGCCACCUCCACCUCCUCAGCGUCGAUCAAGAUAA